AAAGAGAUGAUUGAGCAGAGAGAGAGAGAGAGAUUUCUGACCAUAGAACAACGAGAUUCCAGCAGUUGUGAAUUUGCUUCUAGUCAUCUCCAUCACAGAGAUCUGCACAUUGAUCAGCUUUUUGUUGUGUUUAUGUGCAAAAUGAGAGAGAUCUUGAGAGAAAGAUGGAAACCAAGCAUUUCAGCCACGAGCAUCCCUUAGUCUUUGUUGAAAGAUUGGAAGGUGAUGGAAAGAAGGAACUUGUUUGUUCAGGAUGUGAGGAAUCUGUAUUGGGUAUCUGCUACAAAUGCUCUGUAUGUGAUUUUUUCCUGCAUAAAUCUUGCUAUGAAUUGCCCCAGGAGAUACAACACCCUGUGCACCCAAACCACUCUUGUUCUCCUAAAACCAUCAGAGGAACCAAUAAACACAUGAUCACUCCCUCACUCGCACUUGUUCUCUGCAUCAAGCUAAGGAGCAGCUACACAAUGUAUUAUUGCCAAGAAUGUGAUUAUGUUGCCCACUUGCUCUGCACUUAUGACAAAUUGCUUAUGGAUGGAUCUGUAGACAUAAGUGUAACUCUUGAUGCACUGUUUGAGGAGAUACGCCUAGAAGAGGGUGGAGUAGUUGGGGAGAUCAAACACUUCAGUCAUCAACAUAAUUUAUGUCUUGGUGAUAAAGAACUAGAGGAUGAUAAGUUUUGUGAAGGGUGUGGGCAACUAAUCUUGGACUCUUUUUACAAAUGUGAGCAAUGCAAAUUCUUCCUUCAUGAAAGUUGUGCUAAACUACCCAAAAAGAAGCGACACUUGCUUCAUCAACACCCUCUCACUCUCAACUCAAGGGGUGAUUGCAUGUUCUAUUGCAGUGCUUGUAAACAUCCUCACAGGGGCUUUAGCUACAAAUGUGAUGAGUGUUACUACAACUUGGACAUUCAAUGUAUUUCACUCCCGGAAACCUUUAAACAUGAAGGCCAUCAGCAUUCCCUCUUCCUUGCUAUAAGUUCGAUGGAAAAAUGCAAAGCUUGUGAUAGCUCAAGCAACAGUUAUGGUGCAUUCUUCGAACCAGUAUUUGUAUGUACCGAGUGCGAUUUCGUCUUGGGUUUUGAAUGUGCAAGUCUUCCGCAUGAAGCCAGGUAUGACACACAUCUUCUCAAACUCACACAUAUACCAUCGAAGAUGAUUCAGGAGAAUAUUAUUGUAUGA